AGCAUUUGGAAGGGGGAAAGGUGGGAUCGUUUAAUUGCAAUGUAGAGGUUGCAAGGCGGUCUUUGAGCAUCUGCCACCUCUAGAAAAUACAGGCCAUUGUCCUUGAAUACAGUUUUAUUAGGGUUUCCAACAGCUUCAUUGCAUUACUAAAAUAUCGCAUCGUGUAAUCUCAACCAUGAUGUUUUAAUGCAAGGGACAGUAUUAAAACGAUUGCCAGAUUGUGCACAGCAGCAGUGAUACAGCAAAUUUAGAGUGGACAGCAUCCGCACAGGGAGCAGGACAAAAUGGCUGAUAAGAGUGAUCUGAAAGCCGAACUUGAGCGCAAAAAACAGCGCCUUGCUCAAAUCAGAGAGGAAAAAAAGAGAAAGGAAGAAGAAAAAAAGAAAAAAGAGUCAGAGACCCAACAGAAAGCAGAAACUGCCCCUGAGGACUCGGAUUUGGACCGUAAGCGCAGGGAGACGGAGGCCCUUCUCCAGAGUAUUGGAAUAUCACCAGAACCGUCAUUAGUCCCAACACCAAUGUCCCCAUCAAAGUCUAUGAGCACACCCAGUGAGACAGGCAGCCAGGAUUCGGUGGAUGGCGCAGCUGCUGGCAGGACCCUGCAGUGGGACACUGACCCCUCUGUUCUCCAGCUGCAGGCAGACUCUGAGCUCGGGCGCCGGACACACAGGUUGGGGCCAUCUAAGAUAACUCAGGUGGACUUCCUUCCCAGAGAAGUGGUGUCCUACUGUAAAGAGACCCAGACACCUUUAGCAGCCCAUCAGUCUGAAGAAGAUGAGGAGGAGGAUGAGGAGGUCACAGUGUCGAAAGUUGGCCCAGAGACUUAUCAACAGGAAGAGGAGGAAACCAUGGACACCAAGGAAGGGCACCUGCGGGAGCUGACGGAGGAGGAGAAACAGCAGGUUCUGCACUCGGAGGAGUUCCUCAUCUUCUUCGACCGCAGUAUUCGUGUGAUGGAGAGAGCUUUAGCUGAGGACUCCAACAUCUUCUUUGACUACAGUGGACGAGAUCUGGAAGAUAAAGAGGGAGAUCUGCAGGGUGGCUCCAGUCUCUCUCUCAAUCGUCUGUUCUAUGAUGAGCGCUGGUCAAAGCAUCGGGUCAUCACCUGUCUGGACUGGUCCCCUCAGUACCCAGAGCUCUUGGUGGCCUCCUACAACAACAAUGAAGAUGCUCCUCAUGAGCCAGAUGGUGUGGCUUUGGUGUGGAAUAUGAAAUUCAAGAAGGCCACUCCAGAGUACAUCUAUCACUGCCAGUCUCCAGUGGUGUCUGUGGGUUUUGCUCGGUUUCAUCCUAACCUGUUGGUGGGUGGCACAUACUCGGGACAAAUUGUUCUCUGGGACAACAGAAGCCACAGGAGAACACCAGUCCAGAGGACCCCCCUGUCUGCUGCUGCACACACACACCCUGUGUACUGCGUAAAUGUGGUUGGCACCCAGAACGCCAACAACUUGAUCACUGUAUCCACAGACGGCAGGAUGUGUUCCUGGAGUCUGGAUAUGCUGUCACAGCCUCAGGAGAGCAUGGAGCUGGUGUAUAAUAAGUCUAAGCCAGUGGCCGUGACUGGGAUGGCCUUCCCUACUGGAGACGUCAAUAAUUAUAUAGUUGGCAGUGAGGAGGGAACGGUGUAUACAGCGUCCAGACAUGGCAGUAAAGCUGGUAUUGGUGAGAUGUUUGAGGGCCAUCAGGGGCCAGUGACAGGCAUCAGUUGUCACAGUGCUGUUGGCCCUGUCGACUUCUCCCACCUGUUUGUCACCUCAUCCUUUGACUGGACUGUAAAGUUGUGGAGCACAAAGCAAAACAAGCCACUCUACUCCUUUGAGGACAAUGCAGACUAUGUCUACGAUGUGAUGUGGUCACCUGUGCACCCCUCGCUCUUCGCUGCCGUGGACGGCAUGGGUCGUCUGGAUCUGUGGAACCUGAACAAAGACACUGAGGUGCCCACCGCUAGUGUGACUAUAGAGGGAGCCCCCGCUCUGAACCGUGUCAGGUGGGCUGCUGGGGGCAAGGAGGUCGCCGUGGGAGACUCAGAGGGGCGUGUGUGGAUAUACGAUGUUGGAGAGCUGGCCAUGCCCCAUAGUGAAGAAUGGGCCCGCUUCGCCCACACGCUGAUGGAGAUCCGUGCCAACCGGGGCGAUGGUGAGGAGGAGGGGCCUGUGGAGCUUGCAGCAUAAAAAUGGAUCCAGGAUCUGUUCAUCCCAAACCCAGACUGAGCCUGAUGUAUCACACUCAAUUAGCCGGCAUGUCCACUCGUACUGUGCUGUUUAUUCCAAAUUAGUGUUCUGUUACUCAAUAAUUUGUUUCGUUGGUAGCCUAAAAAAUUUGGUUCAGUUACAGACAUUUCGUAUACAUGCACUUUUCAAUCAGACUUAAACAAUAAUUGGUCCUUGUAAAAUGUCAUGUAAAGCUUGGGUAAAGCUUGGGAUUUUUGCAAAGUCGGACUAAUAGACCUAGAUGUUGUGAUUGUAGCUCGGCUUAAUCCAGCAUGUACUGUAAACACUUAUAUCGGACCACAAUUGGCCUCGGCAUUGAAGCACGACAUGUAUUUAAAGGAAUAUUCUGCGUUAAGCUCAAUCAACAGCAUUUGUAACAUAUUGAUUACAACAACAACAAAAAAUUAGACUUGUCCCCUACUUUAGUCAAUAUAAUUUUUGUGGUAAUCAACAUUGUCUGAAAUACUGUCGAUUGAGCUUAACCUUUAUUGAACCGGAAUACUUCAAAUAUUAGAUUACUCAUUGGUCAUGUAUAUUUCAACAGACAGAUGAAGACUGUUGCUCAACUACACCAAAAUGAGCUGUAGCUUCAUUAAAAAUGUGCAUGUAAAUGUUCUAUGUAAGUUUUGUAUACAAUUUGUUUAUGCAAGAGUUUAGUGUAAUUUAUGUUCUGUAUCAUUACUGUAAUGGCAAUUAUUGGUAAAUAAUGGCUUCUAGAACUGGGAAAAUGUGAAUGUGAAGUCACGAUGAUAUCUUGCUGCUAGGAAAAUAUUGGUUCAUAAUGUGAUUUUUGCUAUACUUGAACUGUGUAUGUGUGUGUGUGUGUGUGUGUGUGUGUGUAUUUUUUGUACUGAGGCUCCUGCAUGAAAUAUUUACAAAUGAAUUCAUAUAAUAGUUGGUAAAUAUGCCACUUUUCAGUGAUUCAGCUACAGAUUAAUGUUUCACGCUUUGGCAAACAGUUAUUGUGUGCUCAUCGAAAUACGUUUAACUUAAUUUUUUUUGAAAAAUGUAAGCAAUGUGUGGCUAAAAGGUCUAAUUAUUGACAAAUAAAACAUG